GGGCCCGGGCAGCGGCGGAGGUGCGGAAGCAGCGGCAGCCGCCCCUCCAGACUCCCCCCGUCCAACCCCGAAGGGACCCUGGGGACACAUCCGGGGCAGGGACAGGGACACGGGGUUGACAUCGCCCUCGGUGCCCGCCCUGACCCAGUUUAGGAUGGCGGGCCACACUCCUGUGCCCUCGUCCUGCGACUGCUUCGUGGCCAUGCCACCGCACACGGCGUCCCCCGCCGUCAUCUUCGCCAAGAACGCCGAUCGGCCCCGGGACGAGGUGCAGGAGAUCGUCUAUGUCCCCGCUGCCACCCACCGGCCUGGGGACAAAGUCCAGUGCACGUACCUGCAGAUCGAGCAGGUGCAGCGCACGCACGCCGUGGUGCUGAGCCGCCCUGCCUGGCUCUGGGGGGCCGAGAUGGGCGCCAACGACUGCGGGGUCUGCGUGGGCAACGAGGGCGUGUGGACCCGCGAGCCCCUGGGUGAGGCCGAGGCACUGCUGGGCAUGGACCUGGUGAGGCUGGGUUUGGAGCGGGGCGGCUCGGCCCGGGAGGCCCUGGAGGUGAUGACGGCCCUGCUGGAGCGCCACGGCCAGGGCGGGAGCUGCAAGGAGGAGCCGGUGCCCUUCGUGUACCACAACACCUUCCUGCUGGCCGACCGCGCCGAGGCCUGGCUGCUGGAGACCGCCGGGCGCUACUGGGCGGCGCAGCGGAUCCGCGAGGGCAGCCGCAACAUCUCCAACCAGCUGAGCAUCGGCAGCGACAUCACGGCCGAGCACGCGGGGCUGCGGGAGCGGGCGCGGAGCCGGGGCUGGUGGAGCGGGGACGGCGAGUUCAGCUUCGCCCGCGCCUUCUCCCUGGAGGAGCAGCCCCCGCGCAUGGAGGCGGCCAAGGCACGGCUCCGCGCCGGGAGGGAGCUGCUGCAGCGGCACGCAGGUCACAUCACGGCGGAGACGUUGAUGUCCAUCCUGCGGGACAAGGACAGUGGCAUCUGUGUGGACUCGGAGGGGUUCCGCACGGCCGGCAGCAUGGUGUCCGUGCUGCCCCGCGACCCCGCCCUGCCCUGCGUCCACUUCUUCACCGCCACCCCGGACCCCUCCAGGUCUGUCUUCAAGCCCUUCGUGUUCGUGGCCGGCAUCAAGCCGGCGCCGCAGGUGAGAUCCCCGACCUUCCUGCAGGAUCCCGCCCGGCAGAUCCCGAGGUUCCGGAGCUCCGUGGAUCGGCGGCACGAGCUGUACCGCCGGCACCAGGCGGCGCUGGAGCUCAUGGAGCGGGACCCGGAGCGGGGCCAGCGGCUCCUGGGCACGCUGCGGGAGCUGGAGCAGCAGGGCCUGCAGGGGCUGCGGGAGCUGCUGGAGGGCACCGUGAGCCCCCGCCCCGAGGAGCUGGCCGACCUCUUCUUCGACUGCGUGGAGGCCGAGAUGAAGUUUUACACCUGAACCCCGCACAGGAUAUUUGGGAUAACUGCCCAUUUCCUGCUCCUUUGGCACGGGUCUCCUCCUCCAGAGCCUCGCCUGGGGGCUGGAUGGCGCCAGGAGCCCCCAGGGAGCCGCUGGAUGCCGGCAGAGGUGACAGCCGUGCCCCCGGCUCCCGCUGGGGACAGAGCUGGGGACACGGCCGGGCCGUGCCGUGCUGCCCCGAGCCCAGCAGCAGAGCCCGGCGCUCCCGCAGCUCCUCCAGCCGCGCCCGGUGCUCCUCCCGGCUGAUCGCCCGCCGCAGCCGCGCCCGCCCCGCCAGCUCCCGCUGCAGCCCCCCGAGGAAAUCUGCCGGGAGGGACAGCAGCUCCAGGAGACGCGGCACUGCCAGCCCCGGAGCGAGUGCCGCGUGUCCUGGCCCCACCCGGGCACCUCUGUCCACCGUGAAGGGAGCCCUCAGCUCAGGGAGCUCCUCCUCCUCCUCCUCCUCCUCGCUGCUGCAGGAGCCUCCUCCCUCCUCUUCCUCGGCCGCGCUCCCCUGCACGGGCUGGGAAUCCAGCUGCAGGAGCUGGGGCAGGGCUGCCAGCACCCCAUCCCUGCGGGAAAAUGAGGGAAAAGCCGAAUUUUCUGCGGCUGUGGGGUUGGGAGAGGGGGUCCCAUCCUCCCUCAGCCCACCAGAGCCGCAGGGGGGAGAGCAGGGAUUCAAUCCCUGGGGUGGAGAGCAGGGAUUCAAUCCCUGGGGUGGAGAGCAGGGAUUCAAUCCCUGGGGUUUGGAGAGCAGGGAUUCAAUCGUUGGGGUUUGGAGAGCAGGGAUUCAAUCGUUGGGGUUUGGAGAGCAGGGAUUCAAUCGUUGGGGUUUGGAGAGCAGGGAUUCAAUCCCUGGGGUUUGGAGAGCAGGGAUUCAAUCGUUGGGGUUUGGAGAGCAGGGAUUCAAUCCCUGGGGUUUGGAGAGCAGGGAUUCAAUCCCUGGGGUUUGGAGAGCAGGGAUUCAGUCCCUGGGGUUUGGAGAGCAGGGAUUCAAUCCCUGGGAUGGAAAGCAGGAAUUCACAUCCCUGGGGUUUGAGCAGGGAUUCAAUCCCUGGGGUUUGAGCAGGGAUUCAAUCCUUGGGAUUUGGAGAGCAGGGAUUCACAUCCCUGGGGUUUGAGCAGGGAUUCACAUCCCUGGGGUUUGAGCAGGGAUUCAAUCCCUGGGGUUUGAGCAGGGAUUCAAUCCCUGGGGCUUGGAGAGCAGGGAUUCAGUCCCUGGGGUUUGCAGAGCAGGGAUUCAAUCCCUGGGGCUUGGAGAGCAGGGAUUCAAUCCCUGGGGUUUGGAGAGCAGGGAUUCAAUCCCUGGGGUUUGGAGAGCAGGGAUUCAAUCCCUGGGGUUUGGAGAGCAGGGAUUCAAUCCCUGGGGUUUGGAGAGCAGGGAUUCACAUCCCUGGGGUUUGAGCAGGGAUUCAAUCCCUGCAGUUUGGAGGACCAGGCUGUGUUUGGUAUUUCAUGGAGUGGUUUGGGUGGGAAGGGACCUUAAAUCCCACCCAGUUCCACCCAGGGACACAUCCCACUAUCCAGGGAUCGGGAGCAGUCACAGCUCCUCUGGGAACCCCAUCCCACCCCCUCCCCACCCUCCCAGCCAGGAAUUCCUUCCCCAGAUCCCCUCUGGCAAGGCGAAUCCGUUCCCCCUUGCCCAGAAUCCUUUCCCAGCUCUCCAGGAGGUGCUGAAAGGCCUCAGGGAGGUCACCCCGAGGCUCCUCCCAGGUUCUGGGGGGCUGCUCUGCCCCUGCUGCCCCACCUGUAUCCCUCCUGCCGGGUGCACUGGUUCCCUGCCAGGUCGAGGAUCCGGAGGCUGCGGGGCAGCUCCUCUGCCAGGAGAGAGGGAAAGCACAGGGGGGCUGAGCUGGGAGCCACAAUUCCUGCUCCCCCAAAGCCCCCCAGCACCCCCACAGCCGGGGAAACCGAGGCAGGAGGGCACGGGAAUGCAGGCAGCCCCGGAGGGGUUCCUGCUCCCACCUGUGUGCAGCACCUGGAUCAGGUUGUGGGACAGGUCCAGGACGCUGAGCUGGGACAGCCCCUGCAGGUUCUGCACCCUCUGGAUGCGGUUCCCAGCCAGGCAGAGGAACCUGCAGAGCUCAGGGAGGGCGAGGGGGGUGUCACAGCCCCCUGGGGACAGCUGGUCCCCUUCCCCAGCCCGGGAGAGCCCCGGGAGGAGGAGCUGCUGUACCUCAGGUUGGGGAAACUCUCCAAAUUCUCCAUCCUCUCAAUUUGGUUCUGGAAAAUAAAACAGAAAAAAUAAAAAACCAAACCCAA